GCACUCCCUCCCUGUCUCUGGUCCCAGCCUUGUGUGUGUGAGUCUGUGGGCGAGUGCUGACGUCAGAGCAGCUGCACUGGUACAGGGAUGUGAUGGGCACAAUGUGCCAGGGAAUGUGAUGGGCACAGAGGAGACGUGAUACCCGCAGUGGAAGGUGGGGCACUAUAAGGACCCCCUUUUCAUCUCUUGCUGAUUUACCAAUGUGCUGAAGAAGCCACUGAUGAUGGAUAGCCCACCCAAGCUUGCUGGAGAAACUCUGAUUGUGCACCACAUACCCCUGGUGCAUUGCCAAGUUCCUGAUAGAAAGUGUUGCCCAACUUCUAAGAGAUCUCACUCCUAUGGCAACAAUGACCUUGGCCUUACCAGAACCACCUCCCUCCCAGAAAGGGACCUCUCUCAAGCCGACUCUUUGGUGUACAGCAGCAUAAUUCAAGCUUCGAAACCUACUGUUAUUGAAACGGGAAUCAAGAAAGAGGAGGAUUGGCAAGGACCUAGUACUAGAAAACGGCACAACCCAUUCCUACCCAGUGAGGAAGAGGAGGAAGUUAUAGUCGGCGGAGGUGCAGCAGAGAAAUCAUUCCACCUUCACAAUGCUUCCAGUGUCCCUAAAUCAUGUUUCCAUUUCAAGGAACCAGCUCUGCCACCAUUCCACCUCCAUGACACUGCACCCAUUGUGAAGCCUUGGAUGGUGAAUUGUAGGUCAGGGCUGGUGGAUGGACAAGAGAAGACCUCACCUGAUGACAUACAGAAAGGGAGCAAUGGCAACCAAGGUCCAUCAGAACUCAUCACUGAAGAACAUGUAUGGAAUCAGCAUACUGUACCCACCUACACUCUGGACUGGAACCAGAGCUCAGAUUUAGGAAACCAAGAUCUCCUGCAGAGCCGAGAAUGUAGUUGCAAUGGUUCAGACACAUUAAGGCACUGUAGGUGUUACAGUGCUUCCAGUCAGUCAGAAAUGGACCAGCAGGUGAGUUACGUCAGCGACUCCUCGUGCAAUAGUUCUGAUGGCAUUCUGGUUAACUUCAGCACCUUGUAUAACAAGAUGAAUGGACAACCCAGGUCCAACCUUAAUUCUGGAAGCCUCUCCUGUGACUCCUCGUUUUGUAGCCACCCAGACACAGGAGCUUUUUAUCUUGACCUGCAAACAUCGCCCACAGAAUCCAAAAUGUCAUGUGACUCACACCUCCAUGACUGCUCUGGAAAGCAAUGUGGGUGUCACCACCACCACCCAUCUUCUCCAGUACUGGAUGCCAACUGCAAUUCCUACCAUUUAAACUGCGACUUAAGGGAGUGUCCUGGGGAAAACUCUGAUCUGACCUCUUGCUUUCAGAGUCAAGCUCGGCUAGUGGUGGCCACUCAGAAUUAUUAUAAGCUUGUUACUUGUGAUUUGUCAUCUCAGUCCUCUCCAAGCCCAGCAGGAUCCUCCAUCACUAGCUGCUCAGAUGAGCAAACUAAAGGCAGCCCAGUUCAGCCCACAGAAUAUUUCCUCUUCCAACAAUCAGACACAAAUCUAGAUACGAAUGAACCUAAAGGGCCCAUAGAACGUUCCAAGUCAGACAUCAUUGAAGGACAGGUCUAUGUGAAUGUGUCACCUCCAAAUUUCACCACUGGUCGCCAGCGUUCACGCAGUUAUGAUCGUAGCUUGGAUAAGAGUCAGAGUACACGUCUAGGGUCGCUGGAGCGCAUGUUAAGCUGCCCAGUUAAACUAAGUGAGGGUCAAGUUGGCCAAGCCCAAAGUUCAUCUCCUAAAAGGGUGACUUCCUUUAUGGAGUUAGCCAAGACCAGAAAGAAGAAUGGCAUCAGCCCGCCUCUGAGAACCAGCGGGGAUUCAUCUUUGGAAUUUUCCCCUAUUACAGAGUUCCACCAUGAUGGCAAUGGGAUUACAGAGCAUGGAGAAUUCCGUAGUCAGAGCCUCCCACCCAUGUCCUUCUUGCACUGUCGGAGUCGGACCUGUGAGGGGUGCACAGGUGAUACCAGGGAAGCUAAAGCCACAAAUUCCAACCAAAUGACUGCAGCCAUCCAAACAUCAGGGACUUGUGACAGAGACACCAAUCAGGAAUUGCUCUGCAGUGGGAUGGACCCAGGUGGAUCUGGUCUGAGCUUCCUACAGUUGGACCUCAGAGCCAAGGCAGAUGGAAUCGGUGCAGAGGCCAAGCCAGUUUUUCGCUACAGCAAGGACCAGCGUCCCACCACGUUACCAAUCCAACCAUUUGUUUUCCAGCACCACUUUAGCAAACCAAAGGCGCGCCCCCUGCACAGUCAUUUUACUUCAAGCCUGUCCCAACUCUAUGGUCUGUCCAGUGGAAGAUCAUCAAACCAGCAGAUGGCCUCGGACUCUUCAGCCCCUGGGACAUUGAUCAGUCAGACAGAACCCAGGGUAAUAAGUGUACAAGGGAAACACAGCCAGGAUGGAUGGACAAACAAAGAACAUACCAAGAAACCGGCUCCUGAUUCUACUCGCCCUUCUCCAUUGGGCAGCUACUCUCCAAUCAGGAACAAUGCCAUAUUUUUUCAGAGCAUGGACUCUGGUUCCUCAAGUUCUCCUUCUCCAGAGAAAGCCAAGGAGACUCAGCCACCUCGAAGCCGCUCUUGCCCAAUGUCAGCCAAUCUUCUCCCUUUUAGAGCAUCACCUGCUCGAGGGACUACCCUACCCGGAGCUGCCGAGCCCUCCCAAAAAUAUGAAGUCUCCCCCAAAGUGGAGGUUCAGAGGACAGCUGUUAAGAGGGAGCCAUUGAAAGAACCCAGCACGCUAGUUUCCAAACAUGGUCUUCAACCCAUCACCUCUUUACCUUUGCUGAACACAAUUCUCCACGAGGGGAGCCAGGCGAUAUCCACAAAGAAGGAUGAUGAGAAUGGACCAAGAAGUGCUGAGAAUAUUGUCGUGUCCCGAGCAGUAAAUGCCAAUCACCUGUCCCCGCAGGCGCUGAAAUGGAGGGAUUAUAGGCGCAGGAACCCUCUGGGCCUUGAUCGGGUGCAUGGCUUGGCCGGGCUGUCUGGGAGUCUGGAUAGAAGGCAGGAGAACAAGAUAACUCGCAGGGGCAAUUUCUUCGACUUCCCCAGCAGUAUCCAUGGUAACAGCCUCCACUUACGGCUAAAUGGAAAACCUUCUGCACUCAUCUCCAGUGACUUCUUCCCAGAUUAUUUCUCCAUGACGGAGCGGCCUCCAGCUGAGUUCUGCUUGUCCCCCGACGGGGGCACUGAAUCUCUGUCCAUCGACCUGAUGCAGAAAAGAGGGCUGGUAAAGGCUGUAAAUAUUGCGGUCGAUCUGAUCGUGGCCCACUUUGGAACUAGCCGAGACCCAGGAGUAAAGGCCAAGCUUGGGAACAGCUCAGUGAGCCCUAACAUUGGACACUUAAUCCUCAAGUACUUGUGCCCCGCGGUGAGGGACAUUCUGAGUGAUGGCCUGAAGCCCUGGGUAUUAGAUGUGAUUGUUGGUCAGAGACGAAACUUGCCCUGGACUGUGGUGGAAGCCUCAACGCAGCUCGGUCCUUCCACCAAACUCCUGCACAGCUUAUGCUGCAAAGUCAAUCAGUACUCAGAACUGUCCAGCCACAACCUGCGCUUCAAUGCCUUCAUCUUCGGUCUCCUCAACAUUCGAUCCGUCGAGUUCUGGUUUAACCACUUAUAUAACCAUGAAGACAUCAUCUUCUCUCACUAUGAGCCAGUUGGUUUCUUGUCAGUGUCCCACGGUGUUUGCCAAAUGUUAUUUGAGGAGCUGCUGCUACUUCUCCAGCCUCUGUCCCUGCUUCCCUUUGAUUUGGACCUCCUGUUUGAGCACCACCUGGUGCAGAUGGGUCGGGAGCAGCAGAAGAAGAAAGAGAUGCUAAAGGUAAAGCAGGACUUGCUGCAGUCAGUUCACUCAACAUUACAGCUCAUGAGGAGCAGUGAGGAGGAAGAGCAAGGAAACCAUGAGAAGAAGACCACUGAAAAUGAAGUCUGUGAUGUUCUGGGGUCAGAGAGGCCAACAGGGGAGGGGGCUGCAUCAGUAGAGUUGGAGCAGAAGAAGGAUGCCAAUGUUGAAAUGAAAAAAGACAAACAGGCCGGGUGGUGGUACCAACUGAUGCAGAGUUCCCAGGUUUAUAUAGAAAGUUCAUCUGACACCGCAAGGUUCACUCGCCAGGAAAGACGAAAGACAGGCACUGUUGGAACACCUAAAAAAGUUCCACCACCUCGGGAAGGUGUGGUGGAGGGUGCAGAGUCAUGUCCAAGCUUGGAGGUGAUGAAAGAGGAAAAACCUUCCAAGAAAGAACAAGAGGUUAAGCAAAAGGAAGAGAAGAAGUCUUGGAUGGGGAGCCCUCCUGAGUCUGUAUUAAAUGAACUGAAAGGUGGAAAGGAGAAGGAGAAUCAAACUCCACAGAGACACUCAGGGGGCGGAGCCCAAGGGGCCACAGCAAAGGAAAACAUUGCCCCAGUGCAGAGCAGUCCGGUUAGGAAAUGGGGACAUCUUUUUGGAUCCAGGAGAUCACAGGGAGAGGGCAAGCAGGCAAACAGGAUGCCCUCGGGCUGGCUGAACCUGGAUAAGUCUGUCCUCCAAAUCGUUGCACAGACUGUGAGUGCUGGAAUCUGGGGAGAAGCCGUUUCAGAGAAAGGCGAAAUCGUAUCAGAAAUGGCGGCAUCACCGGCUUCACCAUGCUCCCAGAAUUCUCGGAAGGAGAAACCUCUAUUCCAUCAGACGGAGUUUGGGCACCGCACCUUCAACUUUGCCUACACUUCACAAUCUGACCAGCUCCGCUGCACCUCGGCAAGUCAGAAUGGGCUGAUGCCCUUAAAAUACGUUUCUCGCCCUGACCCCGUGGACUCUUAACUAGGUGUGAGGUACCAUGUUGGGGUUCAGCUGUACAGAGGCUCAUGGAGUAACGCUGGGCUCCUUUUGUUUCAUUAGUGGAACAGAGCUGUUAUCCAAUCAGAACUUUCUUUCUUUUCCUCUGAGAGGCAAGAAGAGACAAUAAUCAUCAGACAAGUGUGGGGUAGAUAGCAUUAACGCAGUAUUCUUCUUCCUGAGUCCAAACCAACGUGCACGUGUGCUAGCCGUGGUAUUGACGUGAGCUGUGCAUGCCGAUAACUUAGAAGAAAAGACUCAGUGACCUCCACCCUGACACAUAACGUUAUGGGAUACCUAACUUACCCGCCCAGCUUCCUUCAGCAUCUCCCCGCCCACCACUGGGGCAUAUGUGUCUAGCACUUAUAUUCUGAGCAGCUUUUCCCUAACGAUUUAUGGAAUAGUGUAAGGUUUGUUAUCAUCCAACAUUCAACCAUCUGUCACCGUUUAAUAUUCAAUUCCCACAAGGACAUGCGAAAAGAUGAGACUUCUCGUAAAUGACACCCUGCACCAAAAAAAGAUGUCACUUCCUGCCCAGGUAGAACAUGAUAUGUCACUUCCUGCACCUUGAGAGCAUGUGACUUCUUGCCCCCAGGAAAACAUGUGAUUUCCUGCUCAGAGAGAACAUGUGACUUCCUGCACUGGGAAAGCUGGACUUGUAGCACCAUGAAAGCAUGUGAGCAGGCGAUUGAGUGACGGCUUGCAGACUACUGAGUAGAAAGCGAUUUUGGUUGCACCCUUAUUACUGCUUAAUAUUCCAUGGAAUAGGCUUUUAAAGGAUUAGGAACGGCAAUGGAGCAUGAAUCAUUGUGCUCAAAGAACAUUCCUUCUCUCUUCUCUGUAUCUGUACAUAUAUGAAGGAGGCGAAGCUGCGCAAUUGCACCACAGUACCUAUAUGUAUGAAUAUAAGAGAGCAGGGAAGGAAUGUCAUUGAGGCCAUUGAGUUGAGGAGCUACAAGGACAUGAAACAUGGCUAAAGUUUGGUGUAGGUUAUAGAUGUGGAGGGAUCAUUAGUCAGAACCAGCUGAAUGUAUAUCUCUAUCCUGAGUUGGUUAUUGAACUGUUUCUGAGGGUUGAAGGUUCUGGCUUAGUGAGAAGAUGAGAUAUAUCACUAGUUCUGGAAUCCUGUUGGUUUUGUUGGGCCAAGAGCCAAGAGACCCAUCAGACUGAGAUGAUAAUGUUUGGUCUCCCAGUUCAUGGGGGGGGGGUUGCAGAAAAGUAUGUUAUUGGUUCUGAUAAGGAAGAAAAGAGUCAGCCGGGGGGGCCUAGUGAAUAUGAGUUGGUUUUUAAGUUUGUGGUUUAAAUGGUUAUAAGACUAGAUGUUUUUGAAUCAGAUGGUGAGAGUUGCAAUAUGGUCACAGGCUGUUUUAUUGGGAUUUUAUCAUCAUUUAUUACCCUGCAUUUUAACCCCAACUUCUAUUGAAAAAGAAACCAUAACAGUAUUUAAUUUUAUGUUUUUCAUGACUAGAACUUCAAACUCUUCCCUUCAGCCAUAA